AUGAGUGCUGAAAACGACGAUAAAGCACCUUCAUGUGUGUUUUUCAAAGCUCCUAUUCGUCGUGGAAAUCCUGCAACAACUUCUAAACGUCGUCAAGAAUCACCGUCAAAUUCUUCAUCAUCAUCAUCGUCCGAUGAUGAAGGUCAGCCAUCAGCAUCAACAUUUCGUACUUCAAAACCAACAAGAAAAGGUUUAGUAUCAACAACUACGAGUAAAUCAUCGAAUAAACGUCGUCAACAAACUACAGGAAGUGGUGAUGAUGAUGAUGAAGAACAACAAAAUAAUAAAGAAAAAUCAAUUGAAGUUAAAUUUAAAUCUGAUCGACAAGCACAAACACAAGGUCCAAGUGAUAUGGGUGCAACUGCAACUGUAGAAAUUGAUACUGAUACACAACGAGAUCAACAAACAAUAUUUGAACGUGCAAAGAAAAUUAAUGAAGAAUUGAAAGGAAAAGCAGAUGAUAAAAUCUAUCGUGGUAUUAAUAAUUAUCAACAGUUUUAUGAGAAAAAAGAUACAGCACAAGGAAAUGCAAGUAGUGGUCUUGUUCGAAAUAAAGGUCCAAUUCGUGCACCGGCACAUCUUCGUGUUUCAGUUCGUUGGGAUUAUCAACCAGAUAUUUGCAAAGAUUAUAAAGAAACAGGUUAUUGUGGUUUUGGGGAUAGUUGUAAAUUUCUUCAUGAUCGUUCGGAUUAUAAACAUGGGUGGCAACUUGAAAAAGAAUGGAAUGAACAGUCGUAUGGUGCUGUUGAUAAUAACAGUCAACAAUAUGUAGUUGAUGGAAAACCUGAUGGUGAAUCAAAUCGUUCAGCUGCAUGGAAUGCUUUUUCUGCUCGUCAAAAAGAACGUUCUCGUCAUCGUCAUCCUGGAGCUGACGAUGAUUGA